UGACUUUAGUCACAUGAUUAACCAAAUUAUGAUUAGUAGGUACAUCGUAUAUGUAUAUGUAGGCAACUUCAAACAAGAAACCAACCAGCACGAAAAGCUUGAAUUGACCGAUCAUGGCGUCCCAGCCGGAACUCUUCGAUGUUUCAGGACCGUUGCACCUGCUAACUUCUUUCGACUGGAGAAACACUUUUCAUCGAAGAUCUCUCGCUGCGAGUCUCGUUCAAGGCGUUUACAGUCUUGAACGAGACCGCCAACGAGUGAAAAUGGAACAACACGAGGCACAUGCUUCACCAUGGUGGGAACGCUUUCAUUUCCAACUGAAUCACGUCCUUGUAGACGAUACAGACUUAUCGUAUUUCGGAGCCAUUUACGAGCUCAAAUACGCACACCCGUGUUUCUACCAAUCAACCCCGUACCCUCCAAGGUACGUCAUAGCCUUUCGAGGAACACUCAUCACAUCUCUCACCAGAUACGAAGACAUGAAACUAAACAUGCGGUGCGUGUUCGCUAAGCUUUACGAAAGCUUACGCUUUCGUAAAGCUUUCGAAGCAGUUUGGAACACAGUGAUAGCCAUUGGACCCGCAAAUGUGUGGAUAGCGGGACACUCGUUAGGCGCGUCGAUAGCAAUGCUGGUCGGGAAAAACAUGGCGAAGUCGCGAUAUCAUUUGGAAACAUAUCUCUUCAAUCCGCCUUUCAUCUCUGUGCUUCCGAUCGAGCAGAUGAUAAAAAACGAGACGUUGAAAGAUGGAGUACGCAUAGCGGGUAGCUUUAUGACAGCGGGCAUUGCGACUGCAAUGAACAUUCACCGGGAUGAUAGUGAAGAGGAUUUGUUUACGUUGUUGUCGGAAUGGACGCCUUAUGUGUAUGUAAACCCGAGUGAUCCGAUUUGUUCGGAGUUUAUCGGGUAUUUUCAGCAUAGAGAGAAGAUGGAUGAGAUGGGUGUGGGGAAAUAUGAGAGGAUCGCGACGCAGUAUUCGUUCGGAAGUCUGGUUUCGGGGGCGAUUGGGAGGGAUAUGGAACCGUUGCAUAUUGUACCGACGGCUUAUAUGACGGUGAACAUUAGUUCGUCGGAGGAUCUCCGGCAAGCUCAUGGGAUUGUUCAAUGGUGGCAACCACAUUAUGAAUGGCAGUCGAAGUUAUACAAAUUCAAGAGUCUCUAAUCUUCUGUUUAAUGAAACCUAAUAACUUCCAUGAUGGUGAAAAAGUUUUUUUUUUUUUUUUUUUUUUUUUUUUUUUUUUUAAGAGUUAAAUGCCUUUUUAGUCCAUGUGGUUUGAGUCAUUUUACGAGUUUAGUCCAAACAUUUCAUAUUU